AUGCAUAUCGACGGUGAAUCUCAGAUCGAGCAAGUGCGGCUGGCUGUUCCUACAACUGAUGAUCCAACACUUCCUGCACUUACAUGCAGAGUAUGGAUCCUUGGGAUCACAGGAUGCAUCAUCCUCUCAUUCAUCACCAUGCUGACCACUUUCAGACAAAACCCGGUUAAUAUUCCGGAAUUUUCAAUUAUUAUGUUGUGCUACUCUCUAGGCAAACUCAUGGCUGCUGUUCUUCCAGCCAAAGUUGUGAGGGUCCCUGGAACCAAAAUUGUGUUCUCACUGAACCCUGGCCCAUUCAGUCUAAAGGAACAUAUACUGUGUUGCAUGAUCGCUAAUAAUGGUUUAGGGGCUUCUCCUGCAAUAGAUAUUUUGGCAGCCACAAAGGCCUAUUUCAGAAGAUCUAUUCACCCAGUUGCAGUUUUUUUGCUUCUACUCACAACAAGUAAUAUUUCUUGUGGAUUUAUUGGCUUCUUCAUGAAGUUCUUUGUGAACCGCUCAGAGAUGUGGUGGCCUGAAAUCUUACCCAUGGUAACAAUGUACAGGGCAUUUCAUGAGAAGGAGGAAAGAUCAAAGGCAACACUACCAAGAAAUAAAUUUUUCUUCUUGGUCUUUGUCAUUAGUUUUUCGUACUAUACCAUUCCGGGUUACUUCUUCCCUUCUGUUAGUGCAUUGUCAUUUGUUUGCUGGUUUUGGAAAAGGUCUAUCACUGCUCAGCAAAUUGGCUCUGGUUAUAAUGGUUUGGGGAUUGGCUCAUUUGGCCUUGAUUGGUCGACAGUUAGCGGCUUCACUGGCAGUCCUCUAAUGUUCCCUUUCUUUGUCAUUGUCAACACGAUGGUUGGGUUUAUCUUAUUCAUGUACAUUGUCGUCCCUUUUGCUUACUGGAGCAAUUCAUUUAAAGCGAAGACAUUUCCUAUUGUCAGUACAGAAGUGUAUGAUAACUAUGGUGGUAGAUAUAACAUGUCUAGGGUCUUGGAUGAGAGUAAUUUUCAAUUUAAGCAAGAAGGCUAUGAAAAUUAUUCGAAGUUGUACUUGAGUAUUACACGGGCAUGCUCGAUUGGAUUUGGACUUGCAUCUCUGGGAGCAUCUCUUACAGAUAUAGUACUAUCUCAUGGCAGAUCAUUUUGGAACCAAUUAAACCAAUCAAUUGAUGGCCGAGGCAGUCGUGAUGUUCAUGUGCAAAUGAUGGAUAAGUACAAAAGCAUUCCUGUGUGGUGGUUUAUUCUUCUUCUAUUACCAAUGAUUGGUCUGGCAGUGUUUACCUGUGAAGGGUUUGGGAAUGAAUUCCAGCUUCCUUACUGGGGAAUUAUUCUUGCAUGCUUGCUUGUACUUCUGUUCGUCCCACCUUGCGCAGCACUCCGGGCCACCGUUGCUCAGAACCCAUCGACUGAGUUGCUAUCACAUAUCAUCAUUGGGUACUUGUGCCCUGGACGACCAUUGGCCAAUAUGGUUUUUGAACUGUACUGCUCAAUAAAUAUUGACUAUUGUCUUGAGAUUCUUGCAUCUUACAAGCUUGGAUUUUACAUGAAAAUUCCUCCUAGAGAAAUGUUCUUUGCUCAGGUAACCAAAGAAAAAGAAAUUAUCCGACAUUUUUUUCUUCUCAUUUUACAUAUUGCUACAUUUGUUUACUGGGUUGUCCUUAAAUGUGACUUUUUACAUUAUUUGUUUCUUCUUGAUACAUACAUCUUGUGA